UGUUGCUACUGAUAGCAUAGCUAGCACUCAGCCGAGCUAUCCACCAAUCUAUCUGCAGUCUUUCUGAACUGUUGGACUGCAAUGGAUGUUGUCGGAGCCCCAGACGAGGCAGAAAGGCCGCGGCAUCAUCCUUUCCUAAUAGGGGUCAGCGGGGGAACCGCUAGCGGCAAGUCAACCGUGUGCGCCAAGAUCAUGGAGCUCCUGGGCCAGAACAAGGUGGACCACCGCCAGAGGAAAGUGGCGAUCAUCAGCCAGGACUGUUUCUACAGAGUCCUGACUCCAGAGCAGAAGGCCAAAGCGCUGAAGGGCCAGUACAACUUUGAUCACCCAGAGGCAUUUGACACGGAGUUAAUGUACCAAACCUUAAAGGACGUUGUGGAGGGAAAGGUGGUUGAAGUGCCAACGUAUGACUUUGUCACCCAUUCCAGGUUGGAAGACAGGAUCACAGUUUACCCAGCAGACGUGGUCCUCUUCGAGGGGAUCCUGGUUUUCUACCCCCAGAAAGUGCGUGAUAUGUUUCACAUGAAGCUCUUUGUGGACACAGAUUCAGAUGUCAGACUGUCUCGCAGAGUUCUGCGAGACAUGAACAGAGGGAGAGACCUGGAGCAGAUUCUCACGCAGUAUACAACAUUUGUCAAACCUGCUUUUGAAGAGUUUUGUUUGCCUACAAAGAAGUAUGUAGAUGUUAUCAUUCCUCGGGGAGUUGACAACAUGGUGGCCAUCAACCUCAUUGUACAGCACAUUCAAGACAUACUGAACGGUGACAUCUGCAAAUGGCAGCGCGGGUCCAUUAACGGCCACGGGCGAGGCUUCAAACGGGCCAUAUCUGAGCAGGGCGACCUGCAGAACGGAGCCGCCAAUCCUCCAGGAAAGAGGGUUCUGCUGGAGCCCAGCUGUCGGCCUCACUGAGACUGCGCGGAUGUGUUCAGACUGUGAAUUUGAGCUUUUGAGUUUGAGGAGUGCUGCUACUGAUUUGUGCAGGAUGGGUCGGCAAGUUUGAUGACAGUCUCAUCGUCUGCAGCCUUUUUUUUUUUUUCUUUCUCCACAGUGCAAGCAUUUAGUGCUGCAGCCUGGUCAUAAUAUCACUGUAAUUACUGGUGCUUAACCAAUAUGCUUUUCAAACGUGACAGUCUUCCAUGAUUGUGCGCCUUGUCUUGUGGUCAGAUGAGCGGUUACUGAGAUUGAUGGUUAUAUAUUUGAGGGUAGGAAGUGCUAUUUAAGUGUUUAAUUUUAGCCAUGCUUUUGCACCUUGACCUUGUAUUUAUACCUGCUGUUUUGUUGCUUUUAUUGAGAUUAUAUUUAAAUUAUAAUCACUUUAACCUCUUGUUAUCCUGCUGCUUUCCCCAAUGGUUUUAACUAAUUUAAAUUCAAUCAAGCCUGAUGACUGUGUGAUGUAGUAGUGUCACCUAGAGCGGUACUGAGUGCUUCCCUUUGACUCUUAACAGCUGAAUACAUGCCUUAAUUUUUUAAGUUCAUUUUCCACUGACCAUUCUGUCCAACAAUAAAUGGAACUUCUUUAAGUUUUAAA